AACAAAUAUAUCUUCUCAUAAAACCGAAAGAGAACAGCAGGGAGCAUUACUCUGCGUUGCUUGUGAGAAACGUGAUGCUCCGAUUCAUUGGAAACCACAAAAGCAAGGCAUGCCAGUAAAAUCAAUUAUGUCCAGCACUGCCCCGCUUCUCACGUCGCGCCACGUGGCAGUGAUCGGUGCCGGCGCCACCGGUCUUGUGGCGGCGCGCGAGCUCCGACGCGAGGGGCACCGGGUGGUAGUUUUCGAGCGAGGAGACGAAGUAGGAGGCACGUGGGUGUACACUCCGGAGGUGGAAUCAGAUCCGAUAGGUUUGAACCCGAAGCGGAGCAUUGUCCACUCGAGCCUCUACGAUUCGCUCCGAACCAAUCUGCCUCGGGAGAGCAUGGGUUUCCGAGAUUACCCAUUCAAGAAGAGGGAAGAGAAAGGGAGGGAUUCUAGAAGGUUCCCUGGUCACAGAGAGGUUUUGAUGUAUUUGCAGGAUUUCGCAGCUCGUUUUGAAAUCUAUGAACUGGUGCGGUUUGGGACGGAAGUCGUGUUCGCGGGAUUGGAUAAGGGUGGAAAGUGGAGGGUGACGUCAGCAUCGCGGAAUACUGAUCCUGUGGACGAGAUUUACGACGCCGUCAUCGUUUGCAACGGACAUUAUGUUAAGCCUCGUCUUCCUCAUAUCCCUGGUAUUAACGUGUGGCCAGGAAAGCAGCUUCAUAGCCAUAAUUAUAGAAGACCUGAGCCAUAUCAAGAUAAAGUUGUAGUUUUAAUUGGCAACUCCUCGAGUGCGGUUGAUAUCUCUCGAGAUAUCGCAACGGUUGCUAAAGAAGUCCACAUUGCAGCUUGGUCUCUUGAAGAAGAUAAGCUAGGAAAAAUGCAUGGCCAUGAAAACAUGUGGCUUCAUUCUAUGGUUGACAGUGUUCAUGAAGAUGGUACAGUGGUUUUUAAAGAUGGAAAUGCAGUUGCUGCUGACUUCAUCAUACAUUGCACAGGAUAUAGCUAUGAGUUUCCUUUUCUUGAAACCAACGGGGAGGUGACUGUUGAUGACAACCGUGUAGGACCACUCUACAAGCAUGUUUUUCCACCAGCCUUGGCUCCAUGGCUUUCAUUUGUUGGGUUGCCUUGGAAGAUUGUUCCCUUCCCUCAGUUCGAGUUGCAGAGCAAGUGGAUUGCUGCAGUUUUGUCUAACCGCAUCGCACUUCCUUCAAAAGAGGAGAUGUUAGAAGAUGUUGAAGCUUUCUACUCAUCGCUUGAAGCCUCUGGCACACCUAAGCGUUACACUCAUAACAUGGCCCUUCUUCAGUGGGAAUACAAUGAUUGGAUUGCGGAUCAGUGUGCAUUUCCUUAUAUUGAAGAAUGGAGAAAGCAAAUGUACUUGGCAACAGGUAAGAACAGGGCCUUGCGACCCGACUCUUACCGUGACGAGUGGGAGGAUGAUGAUUUGGUUCAGCAAGCUGAACAGGAUUUUGCCAAUUAUCUGAUCUGA